AUGGCGGACAUUGUCGGCAAGAAGAAAAUGGCAUUCUUCCCAGCCUUCACCACCCGCGGCCGGGGAACCGAAGUCCCUAUUCAGGCACCGACUGCCAGUCGAGCUAUGGCCACCACAGCAUAUUCCAAGGAGGAAACCAUUCGAACCGUCCCUUACGAACCUCAGUCCCAAGGAGGCCGUUAUCCACCUAAAACGGUCGACGAGCUCGCAAGUGCUUUGUUGGACGAUUCAACUCUUGACCAAUGGCCUAGCCUUGGUGAGAAUCACAUCCCCAAUAUAGGCCCUGUCGUGGCCCCCUCCCCAACCAAGCAGACCGCUCCACCUUCCUCUGAGGCUCGGCAAGUUCCUCACUUGGAUUCUACCGGUGAAUCUGGGGACAGCAGUUAUCGUCCUCCGGGUAAUCGCAAGAAUAUUGCCCCCGCUGAGAGAUCGUCCCCGUCUAUGCCUCGCAAGUCUAGAAAGAAUCGAGGCAAGGGAUCAGUGAGGACUCGAAGAGUAUCUCCGCGGGGAAGCAGCGGUAUUGGACCAGCGAAUGUGCUUCCAAGCUCUUGUACUGGUACCAUACACCCGCUGCGCAUGAAUCCCACCAAGUUAGCAUCCUCAACAUCGGUACCGCUUAGCGGCCUAGAGGAGCAACUGGAUGGCAAAAUCGCACUCUCUAGCAACACUGGCCAUGCCGGUCCUGCAGAGGUCACCCAGAAGGCGGAACAUAUGCUUGCGGCCAGGCCAUCCCCGAACCCAAAUUCCCGACCGAUGCCGUGUAUACCUCCUAGCAAGACAACCUCAAGAGUAUCGCGUCUCAUGAAGCAGAGAAGCGUCUUCAAGAAGAUGACAGAUGCUCUUGCUGACCGCUUCUACAACAAGUCGCAGAUAUUCAGCAAGAGUCGAGGGACCAUGGGCGAAAAUCCUGCCGACCAGAUGUUUCUGGCCGAACAGCCCGUGAACCUACUGGAGAGGGAUUCGCCUGUGGUCUCCAUCGGACUUCGGCGCCACGAAGGUGAGAAUCGCGGCAGAAACGGCGCACAGGGACUUGAUGGCGGCCGUGUGUCUCGCAAGCUGACCCUCAAUAAUGGAAAAUCCCUCAGAAAUGCAAAGUCUCUUGAAGAUCCAUUUUCUGAGCCUGCUUGCGUGAAACGAAGCCCAACCGAGUUUGAAAAUCUACUCAGAGACAAGUCCGUCUCCGAGACAGAUGUCAGUUUCGUGCCGCGGCUGCCUACAAAGAACCCUUUCGAAACCGAGAACGUUCUUGGAAGCAGCAUCGAUGCCAUUCUACCUUCGGCUCCCCUUGCAUCUUCGACGCCGCGCCUGCGGCUCGAGCGAUCCUCGGCGGCUUCUGAUAGCCCGACCAAGAAGUCCAGGGGUACAGUAGCUUCCGAUGUCAUCGGAGCUAGCCUAUGCACCGACACGUCCGACUCCAAGACUUCAGGGCCGAGUCGUGACGGUCUUGGCUGCCAAGUCCUCCGAGAGACCAGCCAGAACAUAAUUGGUGCCCGGAACCGCCGGGCAAUGCUCGGAUAUAGCUACGUCCCGGUGGUGGGAGCUGAAGAUCGCAAGAAGCACCCUUCCCCCAACAAGAGCGACCUUGAGCUGCUAGAGAUGCGAUUUCGGAAGCAAUUCCCAAAGCUCACCCUCGGCGUUCCAGAUGAAAAUGACGAGAGGGAUGAGCUUGCAGGGAGCUUCAUGUCACCCUUCUCGCCCAACCCUCGAGUGGUUGUGGAGAACAAGAGUAGGAUGGGCGACGAUGUUAUGUCCCUGGAUGCCACUGACGACGAGUCACUUAGCACCAAAGCUCGAGGCUCACUCCCAGGACGCUACAAGGACGCAUCGCGUCUCCCAACAUCUGGACCGCUCACCCGAUCACGGAAACAAGCACGGUUAACAAUGUACCGGCAACUCCCGCGGAAGUCGAUGGAGACAGACGAGCUUCAGUGGGAUAUGAAAACCAGCAGCCUCGAGAUGAGCGAGGUAUACUAG